UCCAGUGUCUUUAAGAGCUCUCAGGGAAACAUUGAGUGACGUAAAUGAAUUACUUUUACACUUUAAAUUAAUGCUAAAUAAUGUUAAAGUGAUUAGAGUUAUCGAAAAAAAUUUAUUCACUCACUUUAAUUUUUUAAACGUAGUUUAUCAGUAGAAGUUGGUUAUUGAUGAUUGUUGAAGUAAAAUAAAGAUAUAUCUUUAAAUUCUUAACAAAUACAAACUUUUGCAAUUUUAAUUUAAAAUUAAAACAUUAUAAAAACAAAUGGAAGCACGAAAAAGACCACCCCCUAGAGAAGAUUCGUCAGUAAUUAGUGAUCGAAAAGGAAAACUUAUUGCUGUUAUUGGUGAUGAGGACACUUGUGUUGGCUUCCUGCUGGGCGGAGUAGGUGAAAUUAACAAAAAUCGACAACCCAAUUUUAUGGUCGUUGACAAAAACACAGCUGUGGGUGAUAUUGAAGAUACAUUCAAACAAUUUGUAAAACGUGAUGACAUUGACAUCAUUCUCAUCAACCAAAAUGUUGCAGAAAUGAUUCGUCAUGUGAUUGAUGGUCACACACAACCUGUACCUGCAGUAUUGGAAAUUCCUAGCAAGGAUCAUCCUUAUGAUGCGAGUAAAGAUUCAAUUCUAAGACGAGCUAAAGGAAUGUUCAAUCCCGAGGAUAUACAUUAAUGUGAUGUAUAAUAACAUUAUCAGUUUUAAAUAAUUAUUAUUAAUACAAUUAUGAAUGGCUAUAAUUGUAGCUCAAUAGGAUUUCUUUUUAGCCAACAAAAUGAAAGGAUAAAAAUGAAUUGAAACAUUCCAUAAAUUUCACCGUUUUUUAUGUACAGUAAUUCAUUUGUUGAUUAUUAAUAGUUCUAAAUUGGUCUUUUAUUUUAAUAAAUAUUCAAUAUUUAUUUCGAUCAAUCAUGCAAUACGAAAUUAAAGAGAGACUAUAUUGUUUGAUAUAUAACAAUCAAAAAAUUAUAAAUAUGAAUUGAUAAAGAGUACAUUAGUUUUAUUGUAUAUAAAUAACACAGGUAUUUUACAUCAUCAAUAAAUCCUUUCAUUGAAAAUAUUUAAAAAGUUGAAGCUACAAAAGAAUAUAUAAAUUGUUUCAAAUUAGGAGUUAUAAAUAAAGAUAAUAUAAUACAUAUAUUUAAUAC